UAGGUACACAUUUAGAUUUGUGAACUCACAUUGCUUAGGAUGAAAGGAAGGACUCUUGAGGAUGUCUGCUGUUUGUUAGUGAACUGCCUGCAACAAUUACAAUUAGCACACACACGAGCACAAUGAACUGGAUAGUCAGACUUAGCCAAAAUAAACAGAAAUAGCCUCUUGCCAAAUUAACUUUGAGUAGUCCUUGAACUCUGAGUACUGCUGCCCAGAGCAAUAUGACUGUAGGUCCAAGUUUGUUAAUGACUAUGCAAAUGUGCUUUCUUCACUUUUACUCUAUUGUCAUCUGUCUAUUACAAUGUUGCUAUGGCGACAUCUUUCCAACAUCCCUGUGCUCCUUUGGUAUCCUUUAAGGGGAAGCUGUAAUGAAGUGGCUUGGCAAAAGAAUCCUCUUGGAAUUUUUUUUUUCAAACGCUACUGAAGACUAGCAUGACUUUCCUCUUGUGGGAAAUGUAUACAGCGUGAGUUGGAAAUGACGGAAAUUAAUCUGUACUGACUUGGGCAAAGAAUGUGAAUGUUAUUUAUUCUAUUCCAAACUACCUGAAAAUAUUCUUUCUGUUCCUAAUUUGCAGAAGAUAACAUCUUAAGGGACACUGAAACUUGUGCGUGUAUGAGUAUAACACGUGAUGGGGGCCCUUGAGCUCAUGAGGGAGGGGCUACAUGUGGGUGGGGUGAGAAGUAUGCUGGAAAGAAUGACAGGUGGUGACCCUGGAGCACUUACCAUGUGACAGGUGUUACCCUAAGCAUGUUGUAUGUAUUCCUUCAUUGAAUACCUGUAUUAUCCUUAUUUUAUAAGAUGAGGUAACAGAGCUUCAGAAAGUUUAGACUCAGCUACUAUGGGUCUGUCUGACUCUGAUGUUCAUCCUCUUAAAAACUGGGGCAGUUUGAGAAUGAGAUUCCUCGGUGAUGAACAGAAAUAUUGCUUAGGGGCUAUGUUUUUGUAUCUGGCAGUUUUCUCAUAUUUGAGUCUUAUAUUCACAAUCGAUAUCUUUACAUUACACAAAUGACACAGAAUUAGAGUCAUUUAAUCCAGGGUUGAUAUCACUAAGUCAUGACUAUUUAUUAAAUGUUUCUUACAAUAUCUGAGAUGACUUGAUAUUGCAAAAGAUUUAAGUGAUUUUAGAAGUUCUCACUUCGUAGUUAGUUGCAGAAACCUCUGUUGGAGGAGGGAUGUUUUCUCCAUAUAUCUUAAUUUCUACUUAAUGUAUUUCCACACCUCUUUGAAGUGUGUAGUAAGAAUGGUAAAAUGCAGUACUUCGUCAUUUGGUACACUUCAACCAAUAUGCACUAAGAUGUGAUCAUACGGGGAAUAGAAAAAUGUGAAAGACCCAAUUCUUUUUCUGCAGAAGGCAGGAAGCUCAUAUUUGAUUACUGUUACUAUGAACUAUAAAAACGUUUUAAAUGUAGUUUACCCGUAACCAUCACCCUGCAAGGGUGAUAUUGCUCCCCGCCAAUUUACGGAGGAGAAUACCGAGGCUUUAAGGUUGUAGACAGACCAAGACCACACAAGUAGAGAGUGGCGGGCUGUGGGUUGGACUUUAAAAUCCAUGUUCAUCCAUGACUCCCAGUGUGUUCUAGUAAAUCCGCUAGAAUCCGAGUAUUUUCCAAUGAUUGAUGCUCCGCUCUGUGUCAGGCAGUUCGUGGUAUCUUUCAACAAUCAGAAAAUUCUGGGGAAGGCAAACCGUUUCCCCCUCUCUAGGUGCCUUGAAAGUGGCCGUGGUAGACCCACAGAUCAUCCUUUCUGAUCUGACACCUUCUUCACUGCCCUGGCCCGAGAGUCAGUGUCUUUUCUGCAAGGCUGGAAGCCCCCUUAGGACUGGUCAUGUCCCAUCUCUUUCCGGAGGGAAGAUGAUCCCAAAGACGACUUUUCUCCCCACGGAGCUGCCAUUCCGCAGGCGGCCGCCAGGGGUCCCCGCUCGGCGUCCCCGCGAGACGGUCGAGCCCCGGCCGGCUGCGCGGCGCGCUGGGUGCAUGUGGGGGCUGCUCCGGAGCGGCGGCGGCUGCAGCUGGAGCCAGGCGCUCGCCUGUCCGCCGGUUGGCUCGCUGGGACCGCGCGCACCGGCCGCAGAGUCCCUUGAGUGGAUUGGGAAGCGACGCCCCACCUGCCCCGAGCUCACCAUUUUCCUCUCGCGCUGGCUGCAGCUGACCCGGCCAAGGAAACCGACCGGGCCCUGGGCUGGAGGUAAAACCCCACGGAAAGAACAUGAGGUUCCCUUGGAAAUCAUUCAAGAGGAAGAUGGAAGGGGCUGUUUAAAAGAGCUUAAAAGCUACAGGCUGUAAGACUGGGGCCUGAGUGCUGGCAGUGGAAAACCCUGUUGGGCUGUGAUCUCUCCCUAAAAAGUUCCAGGUGCCUUUUUGCUUCCUGCAAAAGAAAGGAAGCGAAAGAGAAGACCAUGUCCAUAGCCCUGAAGCAGGUAUUCAACAAGGACAAGACCUUCCGACCCAAGAGGAAAUUUGAACCUGGCACACAGAGGUUUGAGCUGCACAAACGGGCUCAGGCAUCCCUCAACUCGGGUGUGGACCUGAAGGCAGCUGUGCAGCUACCCAGUGGGGAGGACCAGAAUGAUUGGGUGGCGGUACAUGUGGUGGACUUCUUCAAUCGGAUCAACCUCAUCUAUGGCACCAUCUGUGAGUUCUGCACUGAGCAGACCUGCCCUGUGAUGUCAGGGGGCCCCAAAUAUGAGUAUCGGUGGCAGGAUGACCUCAAGUAUAAGAAGCCAACAGCGCUGCCAGCCCCCCAGUACAUGAACCUUCUUAUGGAUUGGAUUGAGGUUCAGAUCAACAACGAGGAAAUAUUUCCAACAUGUGUGGGUGUUCCCUUCCCAAAGAACUUCCUUCAGAUCUGCAAGAAGAUCCUGUGCCGCCUUUUCCGGGUCUUUGUCCACGUCUACAUCCACCACUUCGACCGGGUCAUUGUGAUGGGUGCAGAGGCCCAUGUCAACACCUGCUACAAACAUUUCUAUUACUUUGUCACAGAGAUGAACCUCAUAGACCGCAAGGAGCUCGAGCCUUUGAAAGAGAUGACGAGCAGGAUGUGUCACUAAUGCUUCACCUCACCCUUUGGAAGAAAGGAAAGCUGUUUCCUCCUGGAGCCCUGAGCGGGCAGGAGGUGGACCACCCUGGCUUAGAUGACACACCUAUUCCCAGGAGCAGCAGAAGUGGAGGCAAGCAGUGACUCCUGAGAGACAGUCCCCACUCACUUUGUGUGCUCUUAACCUUCUGAGUGCCGCUAGCCCAGACCUGUGGACCAAGCAGACCGCAACGUGAAAGAAGGACCAGCCCCUUGAUUGUUCUGGCUGGGGAAUUGUCCACGAGGAAGCCUCUGCACUUCCACACAUGGCACAGUUCUGCCUGUGACCUGCCGCCUAAGCUUUACUGGAAUUCAGGUUUUGAGACUGAGAUGCUUGUUUGUAUUUUUCCACUUAUCUGUCUUGUCAGCUGGCCGACUUCUCUGUGAUUGGUUUUCUAAGUGCCGGGUGAAUUUUGGACCUCUGGAUGUGCAGCAAGUUUUUAUGCAAUAAACCUUCCUUUCAGGUCUCUAAAAGCUCCUGCUCUGGUCUGUGGUUUAACACUGUGCAGGGCUGUGGAGCUCUGAGAGACCUGAACCCCCCAUCCCCAGCACCCCCCUACUGUCCCUGCCGAGGCAUCCAUAGUAUUUCCCUAAUAAGUAGUUUUAUCAGGGACGCUCCAUGGGGUGGCUUGUCUCUGCCCCAAAACAGGGUCUUCACAUUCUAACUGCAGGGAAGAGACUGGUUACUAGCGUCAAGCUGACAAGUUACCAGUUCACCUGAUCAGAAUGUAUUUUUUAUAACCACCGUCAUUCUUUGUCUCUUCAGUUGAAGAUAUUCUUUCCUGUUUCUCAGAAGAGAGAAAUAAUAAAAGUCCUAAAUGACGAAGAAUGAUCAGCGGGAGCCUUGGGCAUGAUUACUGCAGUGUUUGUUCUUUAUUAAAGAGCAGGGAGUCGUGGCUGUCUCUACAUAAUACUAACAUUUCAGUGAAAAAAUAAAAGUAAAAUUGGUUAUUUGGUACGUGUAGAUUUAACAUCCAGACGACUGACUUGUAACCCUCCCCACUGGCCUUCUGAGCAUUUAAACCCAGCCGUCAUUCUCUCCCCACUCCACAAUUCCCGUUCCUCUGCCAUGUUAUGUUACAGCACAAAAUUAAUGUCUGCCCCUGUGAUUGUGCCAUGGUUGCCAAGGUAAUGGUGGAGCUGGAGCUAACUUCCUUCUUUCAUCCUUUCCAAUUUUUCUAUUCCAGAAGACAGUCAGAAUAAUGCAUUCUGUACUACAUCCUGCCUUUUGAAACUUAAAUGAGUUUUCGUUGAUGAAAUGUUGCCUUCUCUGAUUCAUUCACAAAACUGUGGUGGUUCUGACUGCCUGUGACGAGGGGGUCAUAAUACUUCCAGUGAUCCUUUUAAUUUAGCAAAAUAUUUGUUGGUGGAGGGAAGUAGAUAAGAAUGUAUUAGUGUAUUUUAAUGUAAUAAUGAUUAAAGAAUAACUAAAUGACUCUGAUUUUGUUUCAUUAUACAUAAUGUGUUAAAGCCAUCUGUGGCUGCCACAAAAGCCUAGAAUCAUGAAAUCUUUGUCCAAGCUAAGAAAGGGCUGUCUCUGUGGGUACCACAGGCAUUCUCUGUUAACCAAGCAGCCUGAACCUUGCUUUGUGUCUCAUAAAGGUCAUCUCAUGGAAUCCAAUUGCUGCUACCUCACCAUGUUGCUGUGCGCUGGUCAACAAUUAACAUACUUUUUUCCUCCUUUCAGAGUAACUUUGAGAGUACAAGAUAGGCAAAGUUUUUUCCUUACAUCAGUUUUGGCCCAAAGAAUAUCUGACCAUCAUAGAGAUCCAGAGAACAGAAAUAAGAGCCCCUAAGUCCCAGCGUCUGCAAUACGCAGUUACCAGAUGGGAAUGCAGCACAGUGGGACAGAGAGGUGACUACAAAACCGAUGCCCCGGAGGAACUCUGUAGCUGUGCACCAUGGAACGCCACAGGAUUUUUGCAUUAAAAAGUUGAAUAUGUUCCUGCAUUUCAGCAAUGCAUAAUCAAGCAGGAGGCUGGAAUCUGGAGACUUUGUUAUUCAUUCUUUUUAAGGUUAUUUUUUAUUAACUGUGCAUAUGAAAUUUCCACUCAAUUUAAAAAUCCAAGUGUUUUUAAGCUUCUUGGAACAAUUUCCUCCUGCUUAUAUUGUUAAUUGCACUAAUGAACUCUUCUAGGGUAAAUUCUGGCAAACCACUCUUUUUUUUUUUUUUUUUUAAUUACAGAAUGUUCCUGUUCCCACAGGACUUUGGCACAUUCUGAAGAAAAUCUCUGCAGUCAAUUUUUAUCUCCUUGGCUUGACUGCAUCUAACUGUUCAUCUCCGUUAUAAAAAUGGAGCUUCAGCCCUCUGGGUCAGAGACUGACAACCCUCCUUCGUCUUCCUAACCUGUCCUACUCUCCUUCUUUUUCUACUUUCAUUUUAAUUUUGGGAAAUUCUUAAGUGAAAGUUUCAAAGUUGAAAGAUAAUAGUGAGUACCCUUACAUCCUUUAGUGUAUUAGUUGUUAACAUUUUGCCUUGUUUUCUUUUCUUCCUUUUUUUUUUUUUUAAGAGAAGGGGUCUCUCCCUGUUUUACCCAAGCCAGCCUUGAACCCCUUGCCUCAAGUGGUCUUCCACCUUAGCCUCCUGAGUAGCCAGGAUUAUGGCAUGUACCACCGCACCUGCCUCACAUUUUCUUUCUCACUGUAAAUACACAUUCUUAUUCUUGAACCUUCUGAAAAUAAGUUGCAGACAUCAUGAAAAUGUAAAAUACUUCAUCAUAUUCUUCCUUUUAAUAAGAGCAUUGUCCUAUAAAUCUGCAACAUUUUCACACCCAUGAAACUGAACACUGAUACUGUAUAAAUCUAAUAUAUGAUCCAUAUUCAAAAUUCUCCAGUUGUCCCCAAAAUAUCCUUUAUAGCUGUUUAUUUUAAAAUCCAGGGUUCAAUCAAGAAUUAUACGUCACAUGUAGUUGUCAUUCUGUUUUGUUUCCUUUAAUCGAUUAGAGUUGCCCUUUUGUGUGUGUCUGAGUAGUGGGUGGUGGGAUGGUGUUUGUGUAUGAUGUGCAGUGUGUGUGUGUGUGUGUGUGUGUGUGUGUGUGGUGUGUCUUUCAUGACACUGACAUUAUUAAAGAGUUCAGGCAAGUUGGUAGAAUGUCCCACAAUCUAGACUUUUUUACUGAUUGUUUCCUCAUUACAAGAUACAGGUUACAUGUUUUUUUCCAAGACAACUACAUGUGUAAUGUUGUUUCCUUCCUACUGCCCCAGCUCAGGAAGCACAUAGUGUCUAUUUGUCUCUUUUCUGAUAUUAGGACUGAUCAGGUGUUGUCUGCCUGAUCCAAUCAUUAUCAAGUUCCAUAAUUCAUUAUUAAGCUCUGAAAUUCAGGACACGUACAUUUAUAGAGUAUGAGGGCUGUGCAUAUAUACAUUCAUUUCUUAAUGUUCUCAAGGAGGUCCAGGAUCCCCAAAAUAUUAUAGUCAUUGCAGUCAGAUGAUAUAGCAGUAGCAAAGCAUUCAUUCCUUUCCAUAUAACAGGAGGGAGGGGAAGAAGGAAGUUUUCAUGUGCAGGCAAUAUGUGAGUGCGUGGGCAAGUGAGGAUUUGUAUGUUCCCUGUAGCCAGAGGUGAAAUAUUCAACGCUUUUAUUUUUUCUCCCAUCUUCAAUGACCUCCAUUUGGGCCCAUAGUUUAUUUAUAGAGAGCACACACUCCCUAAUUGUCAGUUGGUUUUUUUGGGAAAACCCUUAGAUAGUACGGUGGGUUGUGACCCUCCAAAGGACCACAAGUACAUAAACAGAUACAAAGUAUUUACGUGGUAUUAAACUUUCAUGGUGAUGGUGCAAGGGAGAGAUGAUUAGGAAGAAAAUGUCUUAAAUGGCUAUCAUUGAGAAAUACUGAUCUAGAGUCAUUUCCUGUUUCUUAAAUUGUUCGUUUUUCUCUUCCCUGGGUAUUUUCUCAUUUCCAAAGACCCAGAGUCUCAGAGCCAGGUUAAGUGGAAGAAACUUUGAGAGAUAUCUUAAUCAAUUCCUUCUAUCUCUCAAACCAUACCAGUAACUUCCCUGGUGAAAAAAAUUAUACUCUUACAGAUCUUCAGGCAUGGAAAUUCUACAGCAUUCUUUGGUAUAACCAACCCACUGAACCCUCCACAACAUCUUGAGUUCCAUUCAACUCGAGCUGAAGUAUUCUCUUUGAGUUUCAGUAGAUCUUUUCUAGUAUCCCACUUUUAGAAAGGUCCAAAGAUUAUAUAUAAUAAGAUAAGUGAAAAUAUAAUUAAUCAGAGCUUUACUUGUGUAUCCAUUAAAUAUCUGAAGGCUAUUACCAGUUGUGCUUCGGCCUCCUUUCCCUUGCAGUUCUCCUAGGGUGGCAUCCUCUACGGAGUCUUGUUGCACCAUUGUUGACCAUUGAUGUAACUCAACGUGAAACCUUCCCAAAGCUCUCCAUAUCACUCUCUGUUAUGGAUGUGACCAGCAGUGAACGUGAAGAGAACUUAUUUCAUGCCUUCUCCAAACUAUAUUGUCUCUUUGCUAAGUCCAGACCUGCUUUUUCUACAUUUAUAGGUUUUCUAUUUUAAUCGCCACGCAAAAUUCUUUAUCAUAUUCAAUCAUUUUGGUUUAUCUUCCUGACUUCUUCCCUUUAACGUCCCUGCUAAAGAUUACACUGUUGUUGUUUC